GCUACAGGCCGGCGCGCAGCGCGCCCCGCUCGGCCGGCGCCACGCAUGCGCCUUAGGAGAGGGAGUAUUAAUUAUACAAAAAAGUCUGUUAAGAAGUCAAGGUCCAAGGAACUGGUAAAGAUUAGGCAAUAGAAGAAGCUUCCUGCAACCUCCUAAUACCCUGAAGAUUAACAUUUAUCAUGCUGAGAUUUGGGCAGCACCUCAUUAAGCCCUCCGUGGUCUUCCUGAAGACUGAGCUCUCCUUUGCUCUGGUGAACCGCAAGCCGGUGGUCCCAGGACAUGUCCUUGUUUGUCCUCUCCGGCCAGUGGAACGUUUCCGUGACUUGUGUCCUGAGGAAGUCGCCGAUUUAUUUUGUACAGCGCAAAGGGUUGGCAAUGUGGUGGAGAAACACUUCUGCAGCACUUCGCUCACCAUUUCAAUUCAGGAUGGCCCCGAAGCUGGACAAACGGUGAAGCAUGUUCAUGUCCACGUGCUUCCAAGGAGGGCUGGAGACUUCAGCAGGAAUGUCGAUGUCUACGAGGAGUUGCAACGACAUGACAAAGAGGAUUCCCCUGACAAGUGGAGGACAGAAGAAGAAAUGGCAGCUGAAGCAGCAAUACUGAAGAAGUAUUUUCAGGAAAAUUAAAGGUAACAAAGUGUUUGAAAAAUAUCCUGUGACAUAAGAAACUUCCCAGAAAGACAGACCUCAUUCUCCGGUUCUCAGUGGCCCUGGAGCUGCAGCUGAGCAAUUUUAUUAUGUUCUACAAAUAUGGGAUUCUUCCAUGAAAAAUUUUAUUGGACCUUUGGAUAUCAUCAAGGUUGAAUUUCAGCUAAGACAACUAACAGCACUGAUUCAAAAUAUUGCUCUGAGUAGUAACUCAUAUUUUUCUGAAUUGUGUACUUGGGAACGAAUCUUUUUAAAUUGUCCCUUGGCCUAAAUUGAAAUAAAGUGCUAGCAAAAUCA